AUGGAUGGCAGCAAUCAAAAUCAUAAGCUUUCACUUGGGGAAAAAGUGGAUGAAUCAGAGAGGAAGAAGCAGGUCAGGUUUAGGGAACCUCCUUCAGUUCCAUUUAUAUGGGAAGCAAGACCAGGCACCCCCAAGAAAGAUUGGAAACCAGAGCCUCCAUCAUCAUCAUCAUCAUCAUCUUCUUCUUCUUCUUCCUCCCCCUCCACCUCCUCCUCUUCCGUUUCUCAGGUUCCUAAGUCUCCUAUCAAACUAAUUGCCUCUAUUCCCUUUGCUUGGGAAGAAAAGCCUGGAAAACCCAUUCCUUAUUUCACGCUCAAUGCAGAAGCCAAGUUCACUGAUAUGGCAUCAUCAUCUUCUUCUUCCUCCUCUUCUUCUUCAGUUUCUCAGGUUCCUAAGUCUCCUAUCAAACUAAUUGCCUCUGUUCCCUUUGCUUGGGAAGAAAAGCCUGGAAAACCCAUUCCUCAUUUCACACUCAAUGCAGAAGCUAAGUUCACUGAUAUGGCAUCUUCAUCUUCAUCUUCUUCAAACUACCAUGUUGCCAGCAAAGAAAGCAAUAGUGAUGGAAAGUUCGAUUAUGGGAGUGAUAUUGAUGACAGUAUAACUAGCAUGGGACCUGAAUCAUUUGCUUGUUCAGAUCCUUCUUUGCUGGCAAGCUGUGUGGUAGCAUCAGAAAAUCUUUCUACCAACAUUCCACUGCAGAAAAGUUCAUUGAGUGAACAGAUUGUUGAGUCAUCAUGUUCAUCCCCAGCUUCUGAUAAUGGAAGUAGCACAAGUAGCUAUGAAACAGGAAGGUCAAGUCUGGUUGGAGCUUCCUUCCUGGAGAGUCUAUUUCCAUUGUUUCCACCAAAUUCUGGGUUUGUUGAGAAAGCUGGAUCUUCAACUCCACUAGAAUUGAAGGAAAGCUUAGAUUUUGAUGGAGAAGAAGAUGAUAGCAAUGCCAUGUUAAGGAGACCACCAACACUUGGAGAGCUGAUUAUGCUGAGCAGAAGAAGAAGCUACAGAAGGAAAGCUGUUCAGAUCAACAACUUGGAUCUUCAAAGGAGCAUAACAAAAAAGGAAGCUUUUGGAUGCUUCAUCUUUGCUUCUAGCUGCAAGAUGAUUGAAGGAUUGCUAGACAGAAAGUUCUUGCCCAGACUGAAACUGGUGUAGGAAGCAUUGAUCAAGGAAAGUUUUACUGGGGAGAGUACUUCUCCAAGAUCAAAAUCUGUUGUAGUUUAUGGGCUCUCUAUUUUGAGAUUGUGGAUUCUAAAAGGAUAUUACUUCUGAAGUGUUUACAAAUCUGGGAUUUAACAAGUUAGAUGAACUCUUAUAUACA